AGACGCAGAUAUAGAAUGUGAUUGGCUGGUAAGUAUAAAAAUAUAGAGAGGUCUCUCUCUGCAUUGUCUUUGUUGCAAAUGGCUGCGAGUGCGAGCUGUGCUACUCCUUACUCCAAAUCUCCGUCUUCUCUCUCACGCUCUUUGCCUCUGCAAUACCGCGAGCUCUGUAACUUGCCAUACAAGUGUAAGCAGCACCAGAAUGUUCGAAUCGGUCUCUCGGUUGAGAACAAUAAGGGCUUUGGAACAUGGAAAACCUCUUCUCCUUCGUCUCUGCGUGUUUUCUGUCUCCGCGAUACCCAAGCUGCAGCUGUCACUGCUAAGUCAUGGGAUAAAUUGAUAUUAGGCAGUGAUACUCCUGUUCUUGUUGAAUUUCAUGCCACUUGGUGUGGACCCUGCCAGAUGGUUCAUCGGGUAAUUGAUGAGAUUGCAGGUGAGUAUUCAGGGAGACUUAAAUGCUAUGUACUGGACGCAGAUCGUGAACCAAAAGUUGCUGAGAACUAUGAUAUCAAGGCUGUCCCUGUGGUGUUACUGUUCAAGAAUGGGGAGAAAUUUGAGUCCGUUAUCGGAACAAUGCCCAAGGAGUUCUAUGUGGCUGCCAUUGAAAGACUUCUAUCUUCAUAGAUGUCAUGGUAGCAUAUGCACAAAUUGGAUAACUUGCUACUUCUAUUUAAAAAUUAUCUUCCCCGGUAGUGCCUUGUAAUUGCAUUUUCCUUUUCUAUGAAUCAUCCGCUCGUUUUCCUCAACAUUGACUUCUCUCCGUGAAAGCACUUCCCGCUUCUUUCUUCACAAUGAAAUUUGUAUAGGUCCGGUGGACUUGUGAAUAGUGACAGCAUUACUUAACUAAAAUUUCCAUUAUGUUUAAUAUCAUUCAAAAGAGCGGUACUAAGUCAAA